AUGGACGACACCGAGGCUGAGCCCGAGCUUAAGCUCUCAAUACUGAACCCCUCCUCACAAAGGAUCCCCGGACCGCGUUUCCUUCAUGAGCUCGUGCGCCUCACGUCAGACGAGUCGUUGCCUGCGAUUCAUUCUCUAGACAGCAAGGGUCAAGAAUCAACAUGGUCCUAUGCUGAGCUUCACCGGGCCGCUGACGCUCUGGCGACGCGAAUCUCCGCCGCCGUCGGAAACCGCUUGAUGGAGGAGGAGGAGUUUGUCGUGCCUCUGUUGGUACCUCAGUGUCCACAACUCUACAUAUCGAUGCUGGCCAUCCUCAAGGCAGGUGGAGCCUUCUGCCCCUUGCAUCUUGAUGCUCCUCCUGAAAGAGUGAGAUUCAUCCUUGAGGACGUUGGCGCAAAGGUUGUUAUUGUCAGCCAUGACUUAGUUUCCAAGAUUCCUCAAGAUGGUCAAGAGAGGGUCGUCUUGAUAGUGGAUGAAGACAAGGUUGAGGAAUUGCCUAAAACUACGGCUUCAGAACCAGGGACUUCACCUGAACGUCUAGCAUAUGUCAUGUACACAUCUGGAUCCACUGGCACCCCGAAAGGUGUUGGAGUCUCGCAUGAUGCUGCAACUCAAAGUCUACUGGCUCAUAAUCAACAUAUUCCGAAAUUCAGACGCUUUCUUCAGUUUGCAUCGCCGACAUUUGAUGUCUCUGUCUUCGAAAUUUUCUUUCCCCUGUUUCGCGGUUGCACCCUAGUCACUUGUGACCGCGGGCGUAUGCUCAACGAUUUGCCUGCUGUCAUAAGGACUUUGCAAGUCGAUGCUUGCGAGUUGACGCCAACAGUUGCUGGUAGUCUACUCCGGUCACGAAAAAAUGCCCCUUGUUUAAAGCUACUCCUCACAAUUGGCGAAAUGUUGACAGAAUCUGUCGUCAAAGAGUUUGGCGGGAGCGAGGAGGCCGAGAGCAUACUAUGGGGCAUGUAUGGACCGACAGAAGCGGCAAUUCAUUGUACCCUUCGACCACAGUAUCCUGCAAAUUGCCCUUCAUCAAAUAUCGGCUUCCCACUCGAGUCUGUAUCGUGUUUUGUAACUGCGAUUCCGGAUGAGGGGAGGCCCUACGAAUUCAAGAUCCUGCCACUGGGCGAAAUUGGAGAGCUCGUCGUUGGAGGACAUCAACUUGCAAAUGGCUACCUUAACAGACCAGAGCAAACCAGUGCAGCAUUUUUUGAUACCCCCUUCGGCCGUGUUUAUCGUACAGGCGAUAAAGCCAAGAUGAACGCGGAUGGAACAUUGGAUUGCCUCGGACGUAUAUCCGAUGGCCAGGUCAAGCUUCGUGGCCAAAGAAUUGAACUGGGCGAAGUGGAGCAAGCUGUGAUGCGGACACCUGGGUGUCACAGCGCAGUUGCCAUGGUGUUGGGCGGAAUACUGGUUGCUUUUUGUGCGAUCGAUGAUGGCCGAUCAAACGCGGAAAACAUAAUGGAGGAUAUUACGAACACUUGCCGGAAAUGGCUGCCUUCAUUCAUGGUUCCCGGAGAUAUUGUUCUCAUGAAGAGUUUCCCAAGGCUACCUUCAGGAAAGGUUGAUCGGAAACAACUCAAGAGCAACUAUGAGACGACAAAGCAGCCCCAGUCAACAGACUCUACGCCAUCGACCAACCCAGUGGAACAAGAGGUUGCAGAAGUUGUAUCAGACCUCCUUGGAUUCCAGGUUUCACCGACAACACAGCUCGGAUCUUCAGGCGUUGAUUCCCUAAUGACAAUUAGAAUUGCAUCAGCAUUGAGAGAAAAGGGUUUUAGUGUUUCCGCAACAGAUGUUCUGGAGGCCAAGAAUUUGUCUGCUUUGUGCUUCCGGCUUCAGGCAGCCUCGGAUCCAAAGAUUCAAGUUGAAGGCUUGGGCAUUGUACGGCAUUCUGAAAUAUCCAUAACCCAAGUUAUGGAAAAACGGCAAGAUCUUGUGCAGGCAAAGGAUCGGAUUGAGGAAAUUUAUCGGUGUACACCGCUGCAGAGUGCAAUGCUCGCUGAGACAUCUGUUAAUUCUCAAGCAUACUGCAACUGGAUUCAGCUUGAAUUCCCAGCGGGAUGCGAUCCCCGGGAUGUUGAGACUUACAUGCGCGAGAUCACCAAGAGCAACAAUAUCUUGCGAUCAGGGUUUGUUUCCUUUGACCGAGGGUUUGCACAAGUCGUCUUUCACGAACUACCCCGGUCUUCGAUUCACCACGUCGAGCACUUUGACUAUCAAUUCAGACUUCAAUCAGAUCAGGAUUUCCUGAACCCUCUCAGAGUUCAGAUUCGGGAGUCUAAAAAUGGUCCUCUAAUCUUGUUACAACUGCAUCAUGCACUGUACGAUGGAUGGUCCGCUGACUUGCUACUUGAAGAUCUCUCAUCUUUGACAGCAGGACAGUCACUCAAACCAAGACCUCAGUUUCAGGACAUUUCUACAUUUUUCAGUGACCCUGCCACCACAAGACAAAUGGAUGAAGCACGCAGCUUCUGGGCUGAGAAUUUGCUUGGCUGGCAAAGACACGGCAUGCCGCGACUUAUGGGACGUCCACCUGAAAAACCAGACGUGCACACCAUUACGAAGAAGUUGGGGAUUUCUCAAGUCGAACUGGACGAAGUGGCCAAAAGAUUUCAAUGCCACCCACAGGUGUUUUACCAAGCAGCCUUGUUAUGGCUCUGGGCUGGCCUUCAGGGGCAAAACGAUGUUGUCAUUGGUUCUGUGUCUUCUGGCAGGACAAUCCCGGUCACAAGUGUUGAACGAAUCAUGGGUCCUUGCAUUUCAUCAACGCCGCUCAGAAUCAAUCUGAACGGGCUUACUUCAAUCACUGACCUCAUCCGCGCUAUACAUUCUACCAACCGCCAGGUCUUGCAGCACGGUAUUCUGCCGCUGAACGAAAUCAAAAAGCUGUCUGGACUUGGCCCUGGAGAUUCGAUUUUUGAUGUUCUGUUCGUUUAUCAGGAGUCUCUGUACAGCCGGAAUCGAAGCACGAACAGAGUGAAGGAGGUCGCUCACCAAGACUUUCUCGAGACUAGCCUCCUCGUUGAAAUAGAGCCUUCUUCGGAAGGGCCAAAUUGCCGUAUAACUCACCACACAAAUGCAGUUUCUCAGGAACACGCAGAAAUGUUGGCACAUCAACUCGAAUCUGUGGUGUCUUACUUACUGCACCACCCCGAGGCUCAUGUAAACGCUGUUGGAGAGAGUCUGCCUCCGAAACUCACGUCUGUAUUCAAUAGCACCCCUGCAACUCUCACUACGGUGCCCGAUCUGGCUGCUAUUUUUGAGCAGACAGCAAAGCUCACCCCGGAUGCGACUGCAAUUCGCUUUGCCACUUCACUCGACAAUAGGUCGGUUGAGACUAUCUCUUACAACGAUCUCAAUGUCAUGGCCAAUACUAUUGCGCGCUAUUUGCAAGAUAGAGGGGCAAAAGAGGGUGAUGUCGUAGGUCUGAUUAUGGAAAAGUCUAUUGAACUUUACGCGGCAAUGCUUGGCAUCUUGAAGGCUGGUUGCGCAUACCUACCCCUUCUUCCAACAAUACCAACCGAAAGGAUGAGGUCCAUUUUGACUCAAGCAGAGGUUGGUCUCUGCGUUGCUGACAAUGCUGUCUCAACGGCCUUGACAGAUUUAUCAAGCUGCCGAUUCGUCGACAUCACUUCAAUUCACAUGUCAGACAUUAUGGAGGAUAACAUGGAUAUCACUCCCAACCCGUCUCGGCCGGCCUACGUUAUCUAUACGUCCGGCACAACCGGAAAGCCGAAGGGCGUCGUUGUUACUCAGAAAAACAUUGCGGGUAAUCUGGACGUCCUAUCCCGGAUCUACCCCAUAAACAACCAUUCCCAUUUCCUACAAGCAUGUUCUCAGGCGUUUGAUGUCUCGGUUUUUGAAAUUUUCUUUACUUGGAAAGUUGGCGCUUGUUUGUGCUCCGGAACCAAUGAUACCCUUUUCGAAGAUUUGGAGCGCGCUAUCCGUUUCUUUGAGUGUACCCACCUCAGUAUGACACCUACCGUUGCUUCUCUGGUUGAUCCUUGCAACGUCCCUAAUGUCGAAUUCCUCGUCACGGCGGGCGAGCCGAUGACCGCGGUUGUCGCGAAGAAAUGGACCGGAUUCCUCUACCAGGGAUAUGGCCCCGCGGAAACGACAAAUAUCUGCACUGUAAAAAAGAUGAAGCCUGGGGACUUCAUCGACCAUCUUGGCUUUUCCUUUGAGAAUACUUCAACGAUUGUUGUUGGUCCUGGAAGUCUAACACCCCUUCCCGUUGGAUUCGCUGGCGAACUUUGCUUCGGAGGCGACCAAGUCGCUGCAGGUUAUUUGGGCAUGCCGGAACUUACUAGUUCAAAGUUCCUGGAUCAUCCCCAACUUGGAAGAAUAUAUCGGUCUGGAGAUAUGGGCCGCAUGCUCCCAGAUGGGUCUUUGAUGGUUCUGGGUCGCAUGGAUGACCAGCUCAAACUACGCGGCCAACGUAUCGAUACCGGUGAAAUCAGCAGCAUCCUUACAGUCUCUGGCCUCGCUUCGUCGAGUGCGGCUGUUAUUGUCAGUCGCAACAAUUCCCCAACUACGCAGCUGGCUGUUUUCUACGUUCCUGCGGAUUGCAGCCCCGCUGAGUUCAAUACAUUGCCAAUCGAUGACAGAGUGGCGGAAGCCCAUAAUUCAGUUUUUGGACUGUUGCGAUCUCGACUCCCUACUUACAUGGUUCCGACCUACCUAUUUCCCAUCAGUUCUGUCCCGCUUACUUCAAGCGGAAAAGUCGACAGAGCCAGAUUGCAGACGUCUUUCCGCGACUUCGCAAGGGAUUAUCUGGAUCUUGCUGCCGGUUCGUCCGCGCAUGAAGACGAAAGCGUCUGGUCAAAAGACGAGAAGACCAUUGCAUCUGCUCUUUCCCAGGUUCUCGGAGUCCCGUUGGAAGAGAUCACGCGAUGGCAGCCGCUUGCUGCUGUGGGAUUGGACUCUAUCUCAGCUAUAUCUUUGGCGAGAGCUCUACAGAACACUUUCGAACGCAAAGUGCCCGUUUCCCUAAUUUUGCAGUCUGGUAGCGUGGCUCGGCUAGCGCAGGAGAUUACAGCUCAAACUUCAGGGGAAACUACCAUAAAGACGAAUGACAAAAGCUCUUGGUUUUCUUCUGGGUAUGUGGACACUGUCGCGAAAGAAUUCUCCAAGGAAGGGAAAACCGUCAGAGCUGUUUUACCCUGUACGCCACUCCAGGAAGCAAUGCUUUCUUCAACAUCUGGCUCAUCUUAUUCCAAUCAGUUGGUUUUCAAGUUACACGCCACUGAAUCAGAGAUGAAGGGCUACUGGGAAGAAAUGUGUCGUCGGCACGAAAUUCUUCGGACAUGUUUCAUCACUACUAGAGAAUCAAGACGAGCAGUUGCGCAAGUCGUACUUGAAUCCUGGGAGAUGCCGUGGAAAACUGUCGAAGCAGGUAAUCUGCGAGAGGCAGCUGAAAUGCACGCAAAAGAACUUCCUGAUUCGCUCGAUUCCAAGACACCGCCUUUCUCACUUGCUGUGAUUAAGACAGAAGGCGAAGUUUACCUCUCUUUCACUUGCCAUCAUGCGCUCUACGACGGCGUUGCAAUCGAAAAUGUUCUGGCUGAGAUUGAGCAGCUAGCGAAUGGCAAGACUUUGCCGCCUCCGGUGGACUACCUUCCAAUCCUCCGUGAGAUUUCCAGCGCACCUGAUGGCACAGAUAACUUUUGGAAGCGUCAAUUCGAUGGCUUCAGACCUACACAGCAUAACCUCUCCGUCGAAUCCUCAGAGGACUUCACAAGAGAAGGGCCAUUAGUUGUCGCAGAAUCACUCAGUAUCUCUCUCAGCCAACUUCAAUCAUGCUGCAAGGCUGCAGGUGUUUCUAGAUUAUCGUUCUUCCAAGCAGUCUGGUCAGUUUUCCUGGCACUCGUCUAUGACGAGAAGGACAUUUGCUUUGGCAACGUCAUGAGUGGAAGAGCUUUGAAUAUUGAGGGCAUUGACCGUUUGGUUGCGCCCUGUUUCAACACUUUGCCGAUACGAGUCGAAUUACUUUCAUCGACUCAACUCAUAGCGUUGUUGAAGAAAUUCCAAACACUUAAUCCCCACCUUUUGGAUCGACAAUUUACACCCCUGCGCUCUAUUCAAAGUCAUGUCUCAAAGAAUGGAAUGCAACUUUUUGACUCCCUUCUUCUUCUUCAGCAGCCUCAGAACGCACGUUUACCUUCAUUAUGGGAAUUGGUUGAAGACAAUGGAGCUAUGGACGUGCCUCUUGUAUGCGAAGUUACUCCGGAUACCCUGAGCGACUCCAUCAGCGUCAAACUCCACUCAAGCAACCAGUCCCUUACGCCCGAAAGCCUGCAAGGACUACUUCGCAUUUUCUUGCAUCUUGCAGUGGAAACGGUAAUACAUCCUGCAUCAAGCAUCCCGACUCGAGAGAAUCUUCCCUCGAGAUUGAGAGAAAUCGUGAACACCAUCGUUGUCGAAAAGAUUGUUGAUAACAGCCAGGAGGAAAACGAGCAGAGUGCAAACUCCCUUGACAAUGACAAAUGGAGCGAUACCGAGGAGAAAAUACGGUCGAUUGUUGCCGAACUAUCGAAAACUCCAAAAGACAAUAUCGGCAGGAACACAACAAUCUUCCAGCUUGGUCUGGAUAGUAUCAAUGCUGUUCAACUCGCUGCCAUGAUGCGGGGCCAGGGCUUGCAGGUUUCUGCAUUGGAUGUAAUUGAGUUCCCCACCUGCGCUAAGAUGGCUACCCGACUCGGAAGCUCAGAAACAAAGAACGUUGAACAAUACGACCUGGCAAAGUUUGGGCGAGAGGUCGGUCUUGCGUCUGAUAACAAAGGCCGAAAGAUUCUACCCUGCACUCCGCUACAAUGUGCAAUGCUCAGUGAUUUUAUCCAGUCAGGAGGUAAAGAUUAUCUGAACUACAUGUCUUUUACCCUCAACGACGGAAUCUCUGUAAAGCAGAUCCAAGAGGCGUGGGAUACUCUUUUCUCUGACCAUGAGAUGUUGAGAACGGGGUUCCUACCAACGCAACAUCGGGACGCAUCGUUUGCAAUGGUUCAGUAUUCGGCUGCUGACUUGUCCUUGCCGCUUGCCGUUCAUCACGGGACGCCAGGCUCGUUUAACGUCACAAAGUGGAAGUUGGACACUGCGCAACGUGUUCUCCAUUCAUUACAGCUUCCACCGUGGGCUGUGGCUUUGGAGGAUAUUGAGUCGGGUAUUGAAAUGCAUGUUAUCAUGCAUCAUGCCCUAUACGAUGCUUAUUCUCUGCAUCUCAUACUGCAAGAUUUGGCUUCUCAUCUUGCAGGCAAGAAAGUCAACCAGCAUCCCCCUGUCGAGAAGGCACUUUCCAAGAUCCUCCAAGCUUCUCUCAACAAUGCCGAUUCACAGGAGUUCUGGAAGCAAAAAUCGGCGGAAGUAGUAGUUAACCGUUUCCCAACGUUGACUCCUUUAUCCGAGAAAUAUCCAGAACUUGCUUCGAGAACAAAACUGGCCAGCAUAAGUUUUGAUGGUCUCGCCGAGAGGGCAAAGCAAGCUAAUGUUCCGAUCCAAGCUCUGCUCGAGGCGACAUGGACUCGAGUACUAUCUGCAUAUCUUGGCGAGGAAGACGUUGUCUUUGGAGUUGUUCUGUCAGGUCGUAUCGACGACGAAACUGAGAGCGCCGUAUUCCCGUGCAUCAACACUGUCCCCGUGGUUGCACACAACAGACAUUCAAACGCUGAGCUUCUGAACCAAAUGCUAAAUUAUCACAACCAGCUAUUGAAGCACCAGAACGCCCCUCUCGCUCAAAUACAGCGUUGGCUCGGACAUUCAAACACUCAGGUUUUCGAUACGCUGCUUGUGUACCAGCGAAUGCCCAAUGACAACACUUCGGACUUCCCAUGGCAGACGGUCAGCGACGAAGGCAACCUUGAUUACCCUGUUUCUUUGGAAGUUGAACCAGUUUCAAGCGGCAAAAUUCAAAUUCGCGUCUCUCAUCGCACUGACGUCCUUCCAGACGCUCAGGCAAAACUCCUCUUGGACCAGUUUGACGCUGUACUGCAACAUCUUGCAGAGUAUCCCACCGGAAAUGAGGAUAACUUGUGGCCUAGCAACACUUCCGUUUUUUCAAUCGCGCCUCCUCUGGAUUCGACAAUUGCAUCAGAGGAACAGUUCCUACACAACUUUGUUGAAGCCAAGGCCCAGACUCAUCCUGACAAGAUUGCUCUGGAGUUUGUCACCGGAUUCGAUGGAGAAAAUACGACUUCCAGGAAAUGGACUUUCAAAGAACUCAACGAGAAGGGUAACCAGGUCGCCAAUCUUCUCGCUCCGCACGCGCAAGUUGGGCAUGUCAUCGCCAUUCACUUUGACAAGUGCCCGGAAGCCUGCUUCUCAAUUCUUGGUAUCCUCAAGGCUGGGUGUGCUUUCUUGGCCCUGGAUCCAACAGCCCCCAAAGCAAGAAAGGAGUUCAUUCUGAAGGAUUCUGGUGCUCUUGCGCUGCUGACCAACAAUGAGAUUGAUUUUCAUGUAGAGCAGCCAACUCUCCGCAUCGAGGAAACUUUACUCGAGACAGCCUCCAAGGAAUAUUGUAGCCCUCAAUCUCUCAGCAUUCAGGAUAACUCUUACUGUUUGUACACUUCUGGAACCACGGGAACGCCAAAGGGAUGUGAGAUUACUCAUGAGAAUGCCGUACAAGCUAUGAAGGCAUUCCAAAGGCUUUUUGAAGGCCAUUGGGAUCAAAGCUCCAAGUGGCUCCAGUUUGCUUCCUUCCACUUCGACGUUUCAGUCCUGGAACAAUACUGGAGUUGGUCAGUGGGAAUGACUCUGGUGGGCGCACCAAGAGAUCUCAUUUUGGACGAUCUUGCCGGCACCAUCCGACGGCUUGAAAUUACUCACAUCGACUUGACACCUAGCUUAGCGCGUCUCUUAGAUCCGUCAGAUGUCCCCAGUCUCUCACGUGGAGUCUUCAUUACUGGUGGAGAGGCCUUAAAGCAGGAGAUCCUCGAUGUCUGGGGUCCUGUCGGCGUCAUCUACAACGCGUACGGCCCUACCGAGGCUACUAUUGGUGUUACCAUGUACCAGCGAGUUCCCCAUAACGGCCGAGCUUCCAACAUUGGAAAACAAUUUGACAACGUGGGAUCCUACGUUCUGCGGCCCGGAACUGAUAUACCGGUCAUGAAAGGCGCUGUCGGCGAGCUCUGCGUCUCCGGAAAGCUGGUUGGAAAAGGAUACCUCAAUCGCCCGGAACUGACCCAGGAGAGAUUUCCAAUCCUUGAGUCGUUCGGCGAGCGUGUUUACCGCACUGGAGACCUGGUGAGACUGUUACAUGACGGCUGUUUCGACUUCCUCGGACGUGCCGACGACCAGGUGAAGCUGCGAGGGCAACGGCUGGAAAUCGGCGAGAUCAAUCACUCCAUCCUUACCCGAGUUCCUGAACUCAGCGACGUUGCGACUCUUGUGACUAAGCAUGGAAGUUUGGACAAGGACCUUCUAGUGUCUUUUGUUAGCUGCAAGUCGACGGCCACUUCCAAGGCGGAACUUCAAGUCCUCAACGAGCCAAACACAGCAGCUCUCGUUCGUUCUGUCCAAAAGGCCUGUCGAGAUACGUUGCCUGGCUACAUGGUACCAUCCUACAUCUUCCAGGUCCCACGCAUCCCGCUCUCUCCGAACAACAAGGCAGACAUCAAGCAGUUGAACCAGCUAUUCCGAACUCUCACGCCGGAAAAAUUGGUUCAACUUUCGCCAUCUUCCAGAGCAACUUCUGAGCCAACCAAUGAACUUCAACGUCAAGUCAUUGCAACCGUGCAAGAGUUUGUUGGCGAGGACGCCAAGGUCAACAUGUCGAGCAACAUCUUUGAUCUCGGCGUUGAUUCGAUCUCGGUUCUCAGACUGUCGAGGUUAAUGCGCAAAAAGGGCCUUUCAGGCGCCGCACCCAGGGUGAUAUUGAGAAAUCCGGAUAUUGGAGAUUUAGCAGAAGCACUGCAACAGAGCGGCUCCACAAAGGAGGGAAGCAGCGUUAAUGAAGCACGACAACUAAUCCAAGCGUUUGGCCACCGGUAUAGGUCUCUGGCAGCUCAGGAACUCUCUCUUUCAGACGACGGGGACAUCGAAUAUGUAGCUCCAUGCACGCCGCUACAAGAAGGCAUGCUGUCCAGAUUCAUGUCAGACCAGGACGAAGGCGCCUAUUUUACAGCAUUCCGACUGAAGCUUGCGCCGUCGAUAUCCAUUGAAAAACUCAAGGUCGCCUGCGAAAAGCUUGUAGAAUCUCACGCCAUCUUGAGAACCAGUUUUAUUCAGACACCAGCUGGCUUUGCCCAGGUUGCACUUAAGUCUGUCCGGCUUUCAUGGCGAGAUAUACGGGACUUGGAGCCUGUCGAGGUUGAAUCUCAACUGUCAAAUUCCAUGUCGGCUCUGAUACACAAAAACAGCAGAUGCGUGUCCGAUCCCCUAGAGUUGAUUGUCUCUUAUCUGGGUGAGGAUACAAUCCUUACCGUCCACAUCUUCCACGCACUAUAUGAUGGUGUGACAUUUGAGACGCUGCUCCGCUGGGUUUCUGAUGAGUAUUUGCACAAAGAGCAUGAACCGGCCCCGUCGUUCUUUGAAACUCUUGCACAUGGCCCGCUCGCGAACUAUGACUUUAGCCGCCAGUUCUGGGUUGAGCACCUCAACAACUGCUUGUUUGACACGAUCCCAAGGCUUCAAUCCGGCGACCCGACAAAGGUUCUCACCAGGACCAAGAAAUAUUCAGCCCGCAAUCUCGAGACACUGCGAAGGUCGCUUAACGUUACGCUACAGUCUGUGGUCCUAGCUCUCUGGACAUCUGUAUUCAAGAAGCAUUUCCCUGUCAACGCUGCCACUGGUGUAAUUGUCUCCGGCCGUUCUAUUGAUAUGGAGCAAAUCGAAAACACAAUCGGCCCCCUUUUCAAUACUCUCCUCUUCUACGCCGGUCUUAAGGAAGGAGACACCUGGCUGUCGUUGAUUCAGAAGUGUCAUGAAUUUAACACUGCCGUCCUACAGUUCCAACACGUGCCACAGCGAAAUAUUCAGAAAUGGUGCGCUAAGUCUCGGGGUCGCCCAAUUUUUGAGAAUCUCUUUGUUUUCCAAAUCGAAUCUACUCGACCAGCGGAGCCCUCUGGCAUGUGGUCUAUCGUAGAUGACUACAGUGUCUCCGACUACCCCAUUGCAUUUGAAGCAUCUGCGACGCCCGAUGGUCAGCUCCGUGUUCAGAUAGUAGCUCACGGGGAUAUUGCCGACGAAGAAAUGAUGAAUGCUUUGUUCGAAGAAAUUGAUGAGGCUAUGGUCGACGUCACCUCAAGGGGAACUUACUCUAUACCUGUCACCGAGAAUCCUUCUCGUGAAGCAUCAACCGCUGCGUCUCCUAGAACGCCACUGACUUCUAGACCCGAGUCUAUCGAUGGUGAUUUCAAGGGUCAAGAACUCGACCUCAAUGUCUCCGACUUUGAAUGGACGCCUGCAGCUUUGGUGUUGAGGAAAGAGAUCGCUGCUCUUUCUGGUGCUUCCGAAGACAGUAUCAACGAAAAUAUGGCGCUACUGGAGUUGGGUCUUGAUAGCAUUGACCUUGUGAAACUCUCUGCACGCCUCAAGCAUUGUGGUCACCCGCUCACUUUAUCUCAACUCAUGCGAUCUCAAACCAUUGCUGCCAUGUCAAAGAUUCUUAAUCAAAGUGAGUCGGCUCUGGAUGACUCCAGCAAGCAGUCGAACUUCCAGGACCUCAAAGAGAAACUUUGGAGGGCUGUAGACUCAACUGGGUUUGACCUCCAGCAAGCAGAAGUGGUCCUACCGCCAACACCCCUGCAGGAGUCUAUGAUCGCCGAUAUGUUGCAAUCUGACUUUCAGCAGUAUUUCAACCAUGACGUGCUGGAGUUGACAGAAGGCGUGGACAUUAACAAAUUCAAAAGAGCUUGGCAGCAGGUGGUUGAGCGGUCACAGAUUCUUCGAACGGUCUUCAUCCAGAUUGAGGAUCCAACUUUGGAACAAACAUUUGCCCAAAUUGUGCUCAAGUCUAACCCUCCUGCGAUCAACGAACUUCCUACAGGGGGCGUAGCUCAAGUCCAAGACGUCAUUAACGGGCACAAACAGAGCGCACGGGCUGCUCAAGGCCGUUCCAAUUUGCUUCAACUCACCCUCGUUUCUGCUGAGGCUAAGUCAUUGCUUGUGUUUUCAAUCUCACACGCUCUCUAUGAUGGGUGGUCCUUGGCAUUGCUACAUCAGGAUGUUGCUGCUGCUUACCAAGAACAACUUGGCGAUCGGCCACCAGUUGAACCAUUCCUUCAAAACUUGGUCAAAACCCCGACUGAAAGGUCAAGAAAAUUCUGGUCUCAGUAUCUUUCAAACGUGCAACCUUCGCUGUUGUCUAGCAGGCAGUCCUCAGAUCAACUAUCAGCCGAAAAGACCUAUCGUACGGAAGCUGUAUCGAGUACCCAGCUCGAGCAAGUCACAGAGUUUUGCAAGCGCCAUGCCAUCAGUCUGCAAGUUCUCGGACAAGCUUGCUGGGCGUCAGUCCUGGCAACUCUCCUUCAGACUCUUGAAGUCACCUUCGGCGUCGUUCUGGCGGGUCGCGACUCGGAGCAAGCGCAAGCUCUCAUGUUCCCUACGAUGAACACCGUGGCCGUGCGCUGCGUGCUCCACGGUUCUACAACCAACUUUUUGCGCUACCUCCAGGAGACAAUGGGCGAUAUUGUCGAGUUCCAGAACUAUCCGUUGAGAAAAGCACAGGCUGUUGCCGGAGGGCGACUCUUUAACACACUCUUCAUUCUCCAGAAGAACCCUGACUCUGGGGCAGAGAAUCCUUUAGUGAAGUCAGUUCAAGGUUCAGCUGCCACCGAAUUUGCGGUUUGCGCAGAGCUUGAAGUCACCGACAAGAACCUCAUAUGGCGUAUCGCUGGACAAGAUGCGUAUGUGUCGGAGAAGAUGACACAUCAGCUACUCCAUGAACUUGACCGAGCCUUGGAUUACAUUGUCAGAACACCAAACGACAAUCUUCUGCAAUUCGAUGGCGACAAUGUUGCCAUUUGCCAUUUGACGUCUUUUCAAUCGAGGUACAACUCUCAAACACAAUUCUCGAAGAAGAAUACCGCCCCUGAAGAGGAAACUGAGUGGACGGAUACAGAGAGCACUAUUCGACGGGUACUUUCGCAAACAGCAGGCGUCGAGGUUCAAUCUAUUAAUAAGGGGCAUACUUUGUAUAACCUAGGGCUGGACUCGAUUAGCGCCAUCAAAGUAUCAGCUCUUCUUCGAAAAGAGGGCAUAAAUCUCGGUGUCCGGGCACUGCUUACUUCAACUUCCAUCCGAGACAUGGCAAGGCAGUGUCCGGCAGUCGCUAGCGAUGAGCCAACCCAGGUUUCCAAGAGCUUAUCGACCGCUUAUGAGUUACCGGGAUCAAUUGACGUAAACUCACUCUUGGCUAAAGCUGGUAUCGCCAAAUCUGAAGUGCAGGAAAUUCUUCCUCCCCUGCCAAUGCAAGUGUACAUGGUUUCGGCCUGGCAAAACUCUGCAGGCCGCGUUUUCUACCCAGACUUUUUCUAUCGCCUGCGUGGAUCUGUUACAAUUCAUCAGCUGCAGUCAGCAUGGGCGGCCGUUGUCGCUUCAGAGCCUAUUCUCCGGACUUGUUUGGUCUCAACGGGGGCACGAUCACUCCCGUUUAUCCAAAUCAUCGUCGAGGCUGACAUUGAUGGACCACACAAAAGUAUCAUUGUCCAAGACGGAGAACGUUCUGCCACAAGCACACAGUCGGAACAUUGUUGGCCUCAAGUACAACUAAAUGCCACACAUGGCGGCGACGACUCGUGGCUUCUCAAAUUGACGCUUCAACAUUCACUCUACGACGGCUUUAGUCUUCCAGCCAUCAUGCAGAAAUUUCUAUCGGUCAUUGAGUCACAAAAGUCUGCCAACGCUCUAGAAUUAGGCCCUUGGAGAUCCUUCUUAGCUACACAGCAAGCCGAAGAAGUGAAGAAGGAUAACAAGGAAUUCUGGACCAAGUACCUACAGGGCUUGACGCCAGUUAAUUCACAGACAUCCAACGUGCCAAGGUCGUUGGAGCGAGUCUCGGUCCUCAAACGUUCUGCAGUGGCACAAGUUACCCAAAUCCAGGCCUCUUGCUCACAAGCAGGCGUAGGUUUGCCCGCAUACUUCUUCGCAGCGGCCGCAAAGGCGCUACAAACAUUCAAGCUUUCCUCAUCUUCUUCGCGCACAAACCAGGUCGUUUUCGGAAUAUACUACGCGAACCGAUCACUGGCGGAUGAGUUGGAGCCCACAUUCCCAACACUCAACUUGGUGCCCCUCAAGGUCCAGCUUGACGAGGACUCUAGUAUAAUCUCCGUUGCCAAACAGGUGCAGGAAGACUUGCAUCUCAUUUCAUCGCACUCAACCGUGGGAUUGUGGGAGAUCAAAGACUGGACUGGGGUUGAGAUUGAUUGUUUUGUGAAUUUCCUCCAUCUUGGCGAUGAGAACAACGAGACAUUGAAAGCAGCGGAAUUUUCAAUCGAGCCGGUUUCCGAUGCCAGCGAGAUUGAAAAGCUCUCUGGUACUGGAAACAGCGAAAACACCACAUCAGCCGUUUCGGCAAGGUGGCUGGAGGACAAUCCAGUACGCGAUGCAUUCCCAGAUGCUUUGGACAUUGAAGCCUCAAUCAGUGAGGAUACAAUGGAUAUUGGAGUGUUUGGGUCUGCGACUAAGGUCUCUGCACAAUCUGCUGAUGAACUGAUUAACCUUCUCAGCACUAUCAUAGCGAUUGAGUGA